AUGACCCAGACUACCACGCCCAACACGAACUCCGUCACCGUCGACGGCCUCCUCUUCGACAUGGACGGCACGUUGCUCGACUCGACGCCGGCCGUCCUCGCCACCUGGGAGCAGUACGCGCGCGAGUUCAACCUCGACCUCGAGCAUGUGUUGAAGACGUCGCACGGACAGCGCACGGUCGACAACAUGCAGAUCUUCUGCAAGAUUACUGAGCCCGAGGCCCUUGCGCGCGAGGUGGUGCGCUUCGAGACUAUCAUCGUGGACGAGGCGCAGAGGCUAGAGGACGAGGGCAAGCAGGGUCUGGUGGUGCUCCCAGGUGUGGUGGACAUGCUGAACAAGCUCAACACGGCCACCAAGCCCGUGUGGGCCAUCGUCACCUCGGCUACGAACAAGUACGCGUCGCGCGCCCUCACCACCAGCCACAUUCAGUACCCUGCCCUGGUCACUGCCGACGACGUCAAGCUCGGCAAACCUCACCCCGAGCCGUACCUCGCCGGCGCGAAGAAGCUGGGCCUGGACCCCAAGCGCUGCAUUGUCGUCGAGGACGCACCUACCGGUAUCAAGAGUGGUGUGGCAUGUGGUGCCAAGGUGCUCGCUGUGUGCACGUCGCACACGCGUGAGGAGCUUGAGGGGCUCGGCGCCGAGUGGAUCGUGGACGACCUGACAAAGGUCCAGGUCCAGCUGGUCGACGGCGGCGUCAAGGUCACAAUUGCGUAA